GGGAGAGAGAAAGAAGAGAGAGGGGAUCCGAGAAGCGCGAGAAUUGCUAGUUGCCCCCAGAAAGCUCCAAACAAAAAGAAAAUAAUAAUGAUAACAGCACAAAGAAGAACAAUGGCAGCAACGGAAACAGAAACAACAGCGACAUUUCUUUCUCGCAUGUAAAUGAUAAUCAAACAACCAAAUUCGUAUUUUGGAAACCCUAAUUUCAAAUUUCUCAAUUUCUCUCUCUCUCUCUCUCUCUCUCUCUUUUCUAUUUGUCGAUAAUACACAUGCACGCGCGUGUGUAUAUGAACAUGUGGUCUCUCUUUGUAGAUUCUGCGAGUGUGUGGAAUGCAAUAAUUGAUCAGCCUCUCUGACUCCGUUCUAUUUCAAAUUGGACUAGUUAUACCUCGAGUUUUGUCUCUCUCGCGCUUUUGAAUUUGAGGAGUUUUUGUUGGAAAUGGAGGCAUUGGCAGAGCUGUGCGACAUUAUAGCGCAAAACCCGAGUCAAUUCUCGGAGAAGUUAUCAUGGAUUUGCGGGAGGUGCCCGCAGCCCGAGCUGCUCAACGUCUCGCGCGUUCCGGCAUCAUUUCGUACUCUUCUGGCUCAGUCGUUCUCCGUCGACUCCAUUACCUCCUUCUUCACCGAUUUCUUGAUGUAUGUGUCGAAAUCUGCCGCGUCACCUGAUUUCGCUGACGAGAUCGCCGGGUUCAUGGGUGAGGUGGUGCUUGUUGCGAUUAACAAUGGGAGCAAUUGCGGGGAUUUGACAAUUUCUAGGGAUUUUUUGUUGGCUUUAUCACAGAAUUUCCCGCCACUUUUGCCGUCCGAUGCGGAUAAACUGAUAACGAUUCUUCUUGACCAGUUCACAGCGAUCCCUGUUGCGUCCUCGCCGAGGAAACAACCCCAACAACCGCAGAUCUCGAUAAGCUCCGAAACGUCGUCAUCACAGAGUUCGCCUUGGAGCGUCAACCAUUUCCCCCCGGGCAAUGAAGGUUCGAGCCCGGGCAAUGAGGCUGCGAGCCAUUUGUCGAGCGCGUCGUCCAAGGGGUCCAUGUCCAUGGUAUUGAAUGGGGGCAGCAUACUCGGGAAGAGUGGAAUGGACCAAUUGACUCCGGGACUCAGUGAUGGAAGUGGAGCUUCUGGCGCACUGUUUAGGCAACAAGUUGCUUCAUUUGAGGAAGAGAGUGUGGAGAGCUUAGAAAAGCAGGAGAUCGCAUUUAAGUUGAUAGCCCACAUUUUGGAUAAAGUGCAGAUUGACCCGAAGCUGUUGGAGCAGGUAAGGUUCACUGCGAAGAGGCAGCUCCAAUCCAUGUCUGCAUUUCUGAAGAUAAGGAAGCGGGAUUGGAGUGAGCAAGGGCUGCUUCUGAAAGCCAGAGUUAAUGCAAAACUAUCAGUGUAUCAGGCAGCAUCUAGGAUGAAAAUUAAGAGUCUUGUGUCACUUGAAACGGAUGGGAAAACCUCAAAGAGGUUGGUACUGGAGACUCUUGCUUUGUUGCUAGAUGCUGCAGAAGCAUGUCUAUUAUCUGUGUGGCGAAAGUUGAGGGUAUGUGAAGAGCUGUUCAGUUCUCUACUUACUGGGAUUGCUCAAAUUGCAACCACUAGAGGAGGUCAGCCACUCCGUGUUUUGCUCAUUCGUCUCAAACCCCUUGUGCUAACUGCAUGUGCACAGGCUGAUACCUGGUCCAGCAGUCAGGGAGCUAUGUUUGAAACUGUAUUGAAGACAAGUUGUCAGAUUAUUGAAUCUUGCUGGACAAAGGACCGUGCUCCCGUAGACACAUUUAUUAUGGGGUUAGCUACGAGUAUCCGGGAAAGAAAUGAUUAUGAGGAGCAGGUGGAUAAAGAGAAGCAGGCUGCUCCUGCUGUGCAGCUUAACGUAAUACGUCUGCUAGCUGACCUGAAUGUUUCUGUGAAGAAGCCUGAAAUGGUGGACAUGAUUUUGCCACUUUUUAUUGAAAGCUUGGAAGAGGGUGACGCUUCGACUCCUAGUUUAUUGCGACUCCGACUUCUUGAUGCUGUAUCUCGCAUGGCAAGUUUAGGGUUUGAAAAGUCAUACCGUGAGACAGUUGUUUUGAUGACGAGGAAUUAUUUGAGUAAGCUAUCAACUGUUGGAUCUGCUGAAAGCAAAACGUUGGCACCUGAAGCCACUACUGAGCGUGUUGAAACUCUUCCUGCAGGAUUUCUUUUGAUUGCUACGGGUCUUACGAGUACUAAGUUGCGUUCAGACUAUCGUCAUCGUUUACUAUCUUUGUGCUCAGAUGUAGGUCUUGCUGCUGAGUCCAAGAGUGGAAGGAGUGGAGCUGAUUUUUUGGGGCCUCUGCUUCCUGCUGUUGCUGAAAUAUGCUCUGAUUUUGCUACAAUAGAUGUGGAGCCAUCAAUAUUAAAGUUAUUUCGCAACUUGUGGUUCUAUGUUGCUCUUUUUGGCUUAGCACCUCCCAUACAGAAAGGUCAACUGCAGGCAAAGCCACUUUCUACUACAUUGAACAGUGUGGGCAGCAUGAGUACCAUUGCCCUUCAAGCAGUGGGUGGACCAUAUAUGUGGAAUCCACAAUGGUCUGCUGCUGUUCAGCGCAUUGCUCAAGGAACACCUCCCCUUGUUGUCAGCUCAGUCAAAUGGCUUGAAGAUGAGUUGGAACUUAAUGCCCUCCACAACCCUGGCAGUCAUCGUGGGAGUGGCAAUGAGAAAGCAGCUGUGACCCAAAGAACUGCUCUCUCUGCUGCUUUAGGUGGGCGGGUUGAUGUUUCCGCAAUGAGCACGAUUUCAGGGGUGAAGGCGACCUAUCUUCUUGCUGUCUCCUUUCUGGAAAUUAUACGAUUCAGUAGCAAUGGGGGGAUCCUUAAUGGUGGAACCAGUGUGACUGCUUCUAGAAGUGCCUUCAGUUGCGUCUUUGAAUACCUGAGGGGGCCAAAUCUUAUGCCAGCUGUGUUUCAGUGUUUGACAGCACUGGUGCACAGGGCAUUUGAAACAGCAAUGUUGUGGCUGGAAGAUCGAAUAUCUGAAUCAGGCAAGGAAGCCGAGAACAGAGAAUCAGCUCUUUUUGCACAUGCUUGUUUUCUCAUAAAAAGUAUGUCACAGAGGGAGGAACAUAUUCGGGAUAUUGCUGUGAACCUGUUGACUCAGCUUAGAGACAGAUUUCCUCAGGUCUUGUGGAAUUCAGGUUGUCUCGAUUCCCUGCUUUUUUCAGUUCGCAACGAGACACCUUCCACUGUCAUCAAUGAUCCUGCUUGUGCAGCCUCUAUUCGUUCUUUGUAUCAAAAAGUUGUUCGGGAAUGGAUCAUCAUAUCGCUUUCAUAUGCUCCAUGCACUAGCCAGGGUUUGCUUCAGGAUAAGCUUUGUAAAGCAAACACAUGGCUGAAAGCACAGCAUACAACGGAUGUGGUCUCUCUUUUAUCUGAGAUAAGGAUUGGCACUGGCAAAAAUGAUUGUUGGACAGGCAUACGGACAGCAAAUAUUCCAGCUGUCAUGGCUGCUGCAGCUGCAGCAUCAGGAGCAAAUUUGAAAUUGUCGGAGGCGUUCAAUUUGGAGGUGCUUAGUACUGGUAUAGUCAGUGCAACAGUUAAGUGCAAUUAUGCUGGAGAGAUUGCUGGCAUGAGAAGGCUGUAUAAUAGUAUUGGUGGACUCCAAUCUAGCGCAACGCCUAUGGGUUUUGGUGGUGGCCUUCAAAGGUUGAUAUCAGGGGCAUUUUCGCCACAGCCACAAACUGAAGAUGAUUCAUUUAAUGAGAUGUUGCUUUCAAAGUUUGUCCAUCUUCUCCAACAAUUUGUUAACAGUGCUGAGAAAGGUAGGGAAGUUGACAAGUCACUGUUUCGGGAAACUUGUUCUCAGGCAACUGCAUUACUUCUUUCCAAUCUGGGUUCUGAGUCAAAAUCAAAUGUUGAGGGUUUCUCACAACUCCUACGUCUUCUUUGCUGGUGUCCAGCUUAUAUUUCCACACCUGAUGCAAUGGAAACUGGUGUUUUCAUUUGGACUUGGCUUCUUUCUGCUGCACCGCAACUGGGUUCCCUUGUACUUGCUGAGUUAGUUGAUGCAUGGUUGUGGACAAUUGAUACAAAACGAGGUCUUUUUGCAUCUGAUGUUAGAUAUUCUGGACCUGCUGCAAAGUUAAGGCCUCAUUUGGCUCCUGGGGAACCAGAAGCCAAGCCUGAAAUCAAUCCUGUUGACCAAAUAAUUGCUCAUAGAUUAUGGCUUGGAUUUUUUAUUGACCGAUUUGAGGUGGUACGACACAAUAGUGUUGAGCAACUCUUGCUCCUAGGUCGGAUGUUACAAGGAACAACAAGGUUGCCUUGGAAUUUUUCAAGUCAUCCUGCAGCUACCGGAACCUUUUUCACUCUCAUGCUUCUUGGCCUCAAGUUUUGUGCAUGCCAGUCACAAGGCAAUUUGCAGAACUUCAAAGCAGGACUUCAGCUCUUGGAAGAUCGAGUUUAUCGGGCUUCUUUGGGCUGGUUUGCUCAUGAACCUGAAUGGUAUGACACAAACAAUAUGAAUUUUGCCCAGAGUGAGGCUCAAUCAGUCUCUGCUUUUGUUCACUAUCUUUCAAAUGAUCGGGUGGACUCUCUUCAGCCUGAUUCCAAAGGACGGUCACGUGAGAAUGGGAACUUGUUGACUGGUGCUAAUGAUCAAUAUCACCCUGUCUGGGGCCAGAUGGAUAGCUAUUCUGUGGGAAAAGAAAAACGAAAACAACUACUUCUAAUGCUAUGCCAGUAUGAGGCGGAUAGGCUUGAAGUUUGGGCUCAACCAAUAAACUCAAAGGAAGGUACCUCUUUUCGGCUAAAGAUCGGCUCAGAGAAAUGGAUCGAUUAUGCUAGAACUGCCUUUUCCGUGGACCCUCGAAUUGCAUUAUCCUUGGCUUCGAGGUUCCCAACUAAUACUUCUUUGAAGGCUGAAGUAACUCAUCUGGUUCAUUCGCACAUACUGGACAUUCGUACAAUUCCAGAAGCAUUGCCAUAUUUUGUCACCCCAAAGGCUGUUGAGGAAAAUUCGGCACUUCUGCAACAGUUGCCACACUGGGCUGCUUGUUCAAUUACACAAGCUCUUGAGUUUCUUACUCCGGCAUAUAAGGGCCAUCCACGUGUCAUGGCAUAUGUCCUAAGGGUUUUGGAAUCCUAUCCUCCUGAAUGUGUGACCUUCUUCAUGCCUCAGCUAGUGCAGGCUCUGAGAUAUGAUGAAGCGCGGUUAGUAGAGGGAUAUUUGCUAAGAGCAACACAAAGAAGUGAUGUAUUUGCCCAUAUUCUAAUAUGGCAUCUACAGGGUGAGUCUGUACCGGAAACAGCGAAAGAUGCUGCAGCCGGAAAGAAUGCGUCAUUUCAAGCAUUGUUGCCACUUGUUCGGGAACAUAUUAUUGAAGGUUUCACUCCGAAGGCCCUUGACUUGUUUAAAAGGGAAUUUGAUUUCUUUGACAAAGUUACAUCAAUAUCUGGUGUACUUUUUCCACUUCCCAAGGAAGAACGCCGAGCUGGUAUCCGGAGGGAGCUGGAGAAAAUUGAACUGGAGGGAGAGGACCUUUACUUACCUACUGCUCCUAACAAGCUUGUAAGAGGCAUUCAGGUGGAUAGUGGAAUACCCUUACAAUCUGCCGCCAAAGUUCCUAUCAUGAUCACAUUUAAUGUGGUUGAUAGGGAUGGGGACAACAAUGAUGUAAAGCCCCAAGCUUGCAUUUUUAAGGUAGGAGAUGAUGUCGCCAAAUGUCUUGCUCUUCAAGUGAUAUCACUUCUUAGGGAUAUAUUUGAAGCGGUGGGAAUCAAUCUCUAUUUAUUUCCUUACGGUGUUCUCCCAACAGGUCCUGAGAGAGGUAUAAUUGAGGUUGUGCCUAAUACAAGGAGCAGAAGUCAGAUGGGUGAAACGACCGAUGGUGGUCUAUAUGAGAUUUUUCAACAGGACUACGGGCCUGUUGGUUCUCCUAGUUUUGAAGCUGCACGUGAGAACUUUAUUGUUAGUAGUGCCGGUUAUGCUGUUGCUAGUCUUUUGCUUCAACCAAAGGAUAGACACAAUGGGAAUCUACUCUUUGACAAUGUUGGGAGGCUUGUUCAUAUUGACUUCGGCUUUAUCCUGGAAACAUCACCUGGUGGAAAUAUGCGGUUCGAGAGUGCACAUUUUAAGUUGAGCCAUGAGAUGACACAGUUGCUAGACCCGUCGGGGGUUAUGAAAAGUGAUACAUGGUAUCAGUUUGUGAGCUUGUGUGUGAAGGGAUAUCUGGCUGCCCGCCGUUACAUGGAUGGGAUCAUCAAUACAGUGUUGCUGAUGCUGGACAGUGGAUUACCUUGUUUCAGCAGAGGCGACCCUAUUGGGAAUCUCCGCAAGAGAUUUCAUCCUGAGAUGAGCGAACGCGAGGCUGCCAAUUUCAUGAUCCACGUGUGCACAGAUGCUUACAACAAAUGGACGACGGCUGGUUACGACCUGAUACAGUAUCUGCAGCAAGGCAUUGAGAAGUAAAGAGACUUUGGCUUCUACCAUCCCCAAAUGUACAUGAUUGCAAGUAAUUUUUAUAAAUUAUUAGUCAUAUAAUUGCCAUUUUUCUGAGGAAUCUCCACUUUGUUGUGCUUUGGAGAGAGUAUAAUAGAAAUGAGGAAGGAAACAGAAAACAAACGGAAAAAAAAGAAUUGUUUGUAACUUAGUGGUUAGAUUCUUCUUUAGGUUUGUAAAAAAGAAUUCAAUCUGUUUUGCGUAUUUGUCAAUGAAAUCCGGAGAUGUAUCCGGAGGUUUGAUGACAA